ACUGCCUAGGCAGGUCACCCUCCCCUUUCUAUAAACCUGGCCUGAACCUCUCCUCUUCAGUCUCAUCUCUGGGUCCACCAUUUAUACUUCUCAUAUGGUACCGGAGACCUAGGGGUGGUGCUGACUGGACGCUGGCUGCUGGCCUCCCUAGUCACCCCAGUUUUCUUGGAACCUGGUUGGGCUGUGCCCAGACCCGACUCUCCUGGCCGGCCUGUCUGUUGGAGGGUUCUGGCGGAUUUCAUCCCGACUACCAUUUAAAUAGAUACUCAAGAGGGCAAGAAGCCCAUGUUCUUCUAUGAGAGGAAACUGUUCCUCCGGCCUCCGCUACAACUCUAUAUUCCUGAAUUAAAGUUCCUCACCAGCCUCCUCCACGGAGACCCUGGAACCACGUCCUCUCUGAAAAACAGACACUGGAAGUGAGAAUGUAUCCUCCUUAGAGCAGGAGACAUUUGCCUUCUGAAACUGGUGGUCCCCUAGAUGAACAAAAUUGCUUCAUCUCACCAACAUGUGGGACUUCUAAAUGGACUCAACUUCACCUGACUGCAAUGGCCUUAAGGAACUAAAUCUCUGACAAAGGUACAGAAUUAUGGAAGAUUUAGAAGCAAACUUAUUGACAUUUAAAGGGUUUACUUUUGCUGGUCUUGGAAUUAAUAUUGACCAUUUAGAAAAAUUAGAUGGUUUAAAAAUUAGAGAUGAUGAUGUCUUCAUAGUCACAUACCCCAAAUCUGGAACCGUCUGGUUUAAGCAGAUAUUAAGCUUGAUUUACUUUGAAGAACAUCGCACAAGAACUGCAAAUCUGGAAAUAAUACAUAGGGUCUCCCUUUUGGAAUACAUCAUUGGAAAAAAGGAUCCUGGUGAAAGGCCAUCUCCUCGUCUCUUCAGUACCCACCUUCCAUACUACUUGGUUCCAAGAGGAUUGAAGGACAAAAAAGCCAAAGUUGUAUACUUAUACAGAAACCCUAAGGAUGUUAUGUGUUCAUAUUUUCAUUUUAUUAAAAUGUUUCCAUUGUUUGAAGCUGGAGAUACCAUGGAGGAGUUUAUGAAACAAUUUUUAGAAGGAAAAGUGCCAGGAAGCCUGUGGUUUGACCAUAUUAAAGGCUGGUACGAGCACAGAAGCCACUUCAAUAUUCAGUUCAUGACGUACGAGGAGAUGAAGAAGGAUCUCAGAAGUUCUGUAUUAAAACUCUGCAAAUUUCUGGGGAAAGACCUGAGUGGGGAGGCCGUGAAUGAUGUGGUGAGACAGGCCACAUUUGAGAACAUGAAGGAUGACCCACUAGCAAAUCAUGAAAAUGUUUUAAACUUCCAUCCUGGGUUAACAAGAAGAAGCGGCCGUUUCCUUCGCAAAGGUACCACUGGAGACUGGAAAAAUCAUAUGACUGUUGAGCAGAAUGAAAGAUUUGACAAAAUCUUCCAAAAGCAGAUGAAAGAUUUUCCAUUGCAAUUUAUUUGGGAUAUAAAUGAAAUAUAGAAUUAAGAUCUGCACACAGAAUCCUAAGAAGAUACUUUCAGCCAGAAAUACAUUAAUAAUAUACUUCAAUCUUUGACUAUCAUUGUAUUAUAUUGCAAAAAUCUCACUGAUGAAUGAAUAUGAACACCAUGACCUUUAUGUCAUCUGCUGAACUUUUUAUUUCCAGGGAUUCCUUAGCUUCUAAUCAAAUAAGGAUUCCCUAGGUUAUUUUGAUAUAUACUUGUGGAUAAUUUUACACUUUAUUUUUAUCCACAAACGACUUUGUAUUUUUUUUUGUCAUAUUCAGAAUUUUAAUUUCAUCUAAUAAGAUAACUCAACUUUUCAUUUCAUGGCUUCUAAGAUUAUGUUCUACUCUGGAGGAUUGGUGUCCCCCCAUAUGUUUGUACAUUCAUAAGUCACAUCUUUCUCUUGGAUAUUAUUCAUAAGAAUUCUAUUUAAUUAUUUUUUCAUAUAAAUUAAGUUGACCCAACAUUUAUUGAAUUAUUCACCAUAUCCAUGCUGAUUAAAAUAGACAUUUUAAUGUUGCAAAUUCAUGUUACAAAUAAUCAUUUGCAACUAAUUUAACUCUGGAUACAUUGUUCUACUGAUUUACUAAACCAUUUCUUUUAUCAACAGCAUGCCCUUUAAAUUUCUGAAAUAAUGUUAUGAACUCUCAUAAAGAAUCUUGUUGGAAUUUUGUUAAAUAUUUCUUUACAUUUAAAAGGUAAUUUUAAAAUUGAAAUUAAAAAUUGGGCUUUCCAUCCAGAAUGUAUUUCAUAAUCACCAUUUGUGUUUUGUUCACGUCAUUUUUUAAGGAUAAGUAGUUCUUAGAUAAACCUGACUGAUUUGCUAUUAAGAUUGUCCCUAAGCAUUUACAUGUACAAUUUUUGCAGCUAAAACAUGUAGGAUGUUUAUUCACUUGCAUUUUCUAGCUGCUUGUGGAUUUUGCCUGUUCAUCCAUAAUUUGGGGUACUGACAGGAGGUCUGGCUGAGUGGACAAGAACACAGAUGCUGACACCGUCAGCCAGCAGAUUCUGCAGUGUCACCAGGACACUUACUCAACCAGGCCCCACCUCGGCUGCUGGCUGUCUCACUUCCUCUUAUUUCAAUUCACCGCAUUGCUCUAUUCAUCUUUCUUAGGAAAUCACAUAAUUUCUUUCAUAAGUUGCUGCUUUAAGGAGGGAUAUAAAGGGCCCUGACACUCUUGCAACAGGAGAGCAUGUAUCGUUCCCUUGUCGCUCUUGUACAACACCUUUGCUUUUCUGGGCUCCUUUGAUUCAAGGGCCCACAAAUUCCACAUGUGUUGGUUUAAAAGGAAACAUAUGUUUUCAGAGACACCUUCCAUUUUUUUCUUUAUGUCUUUAGAAAAAUUUUAUUUUUAAUUAUGAGUACAUAAUCGUUGCAUGUUUUUAUAGAGUACAUGUGGUGUUUUGAUACAGACAUACGAUGUGAAUUAAUCAAAUAAGGGUAAUUGGGGUAUCCACCACCUCAGGAACAUUUCAAUUCUAGCCUUUCAUUUAUUUAAAGUAUAUCCUGAUUGUUGUUGAUUAUACUCAUUUUGUUUUACUAUCAAACACUGUUCAUUCUAUCUAAGUACAUUUCUGCACCCUUUACCCAUCCCCACUUCCCCUCCUCUCACUUCCCUUCCCACUCUCUUGUCACCAUCAUUCUACUCUCUGUCUUCAGGAGAUCCAUUGUUUUUAGUAUUUAGCUCCCACAUAUGAAUGAGAACAUGAAAAAUUUGGCUUUCUGUGCUUGGCUUAUUUUGGUUAACAUAACGUUUUCCAUUUCCAUCCUUAUUUUUUCAAAUGGCAGGC